GAAACGUAAAGCCUCUUCCAUCUUGUCUUUUUUGGAGUAGGGUUGUUCACGUGGGUUAAAAAAAAUAUUUGUACGCUUAGGAUAAUAAAAAUAAGUUUAAAAAAAUAAAAAGAACAAAAAAAAAUCGAAAAAGUAUUAAAAGAACCAAAAAAUUGUGGAAACAACAAACUAUAGGAGCAAGUUAGUGUUAAUAGUUAGGCUAAAUGAGAAAUCUGUAACUUGUGUAAAACUAAAAUAUACUUGCUUAGUGACUGAAAGAAAGGCCUAACUUCUACGUUACAUUUAUUGUAUUGAUAUUAGUAGCCUAAGCUUAAUUUGUAUUUUCAAUGAAUAUUUGAAAAGCUGAGUGAGUAAUCUAAUCUGUGAUUAUUUACUCAAUUACUGUGACAGAGAAUAGUUGAAAAAGGGCGUUUGUCUGUGUUAGUGUUACUGUGAGUUUGAGACCACCGACAAAACAUGAAUCCAAGUGGCCCAAAUUAUCCAAUGGCUUCUCUAUAUGUUGGAGAUCUUCAUCCUGACAUUACUGAAGCUAUGCUUUUUGAGAAGUUUUCUUCUGCUGGACCAGUUUUGUCAAUUAGAGUAUGCAGAGAUAUGAUCACUAGAAGAUCGCUAGGAUAUGCCUAUGUAAAUUUUCAGCAACCUAGUGAUGCAGAACGUGCCCUGGACACGAUGAACUUUGACACAAUUAAGGGUCGACCAAUCAGAAUCAUGUGGUCUCAACGAGAUCCUUCUCUACGAAAGUCUGGCUUAGGAAAUGUCUUCAUUAAAAAUUUGGACAAAAGUAUUGACAAUAAAGCCAUGUAUGACACCUUCUCAGCAUUUGGUAACAUCCUGUCCUGUAAGGUAGCUACAGAUGAAGAAGGAAACUCCAAAGGUUAUGGAUUUGUACAUUUUGAGACUGAAGAAGCUGCUAAUAAUGCCAUUCAGAAAGUUAAUGGCAUGUUGCUUAAUGGAAAGAAAGUGUUUGUAGGAAAAUUUAUACCACACAAUGAACGGGAAAAGCAAAUGGGUGAAAAGGCUCGUAGGUUCACAAAUGUCUAUGUGAAAAACUUUGGAGAUGACCUGGAUGAUGAAAAGCUGAGAGAGUUUUUUGAGAAGUACGGGAAGAUCACGAGUGCAAAGGUAAUGUCAGACAAUGAAGGAAAAUCAAGAGGCUUUGGUUUUGUAAGUUUUGAAGAUCCAGAGAGUGCUGAAAGGGCAGUUGAUGAUAUGAAUACCAAGGAAAUGAACGGCAGGCUUCUUCAUGUGGGACGAGCUCAAAAGAAAACGGAGCGUCAGGCAGAACUAAAGCGAAAGUUUGAGCAGCUCAAGAUUGAACGUAUUACACGAUAUCAGGGUGUCAAUCUGUACGUGAAAAACCUUGAUGAUGUGAUUGAUGAUGCUCGGUUAAGGAAUGAGUUUGCUCCAUAUGGAACAAUCACGAGUGCAAAGGUCAUGACAGACAGCAAUGGUCGCUCCAAAGGUUUUGGAUUUGUGUGCUUCAGUUCACCAGAGGAAGCUACAAAAGCUGUGACUGAAAUGAAUGGUCGUAUUGUCGUUUCCAAGCCCCUGUAUGUGGCAUUAGCUCAGAGAAAGGAGGACCGCAAGGCUCACUUGGCCUCGCAAUACAUGCAGAGAAUGGCUGGCAUGCGAAUGCAGCUUGGGCAGAUGUUCCAACCAGGAGGAGCAGGAUAUUUUGUACCUACCAUGCAUCAGGCUCAGCGUGGCUACUUCCCCGCUCAGAUGCCUCAAAUGCGAGGCACUCCUCGCUGGCCAGGCCAACCAGCAAUCCGCCACGGUGGUCAGCCAAGUGCAGCAUUCCAGGGAGUUCACUCUGUUCCCUUCCCUCGACAGUCAAGACCUCCGGGAGGAGCACAACCUGCAAUACGAAGUGGAAUGAGUGCCCGGCCAAUUACAGGUCAGCAGGGAACAGCCCCGGGUCGAGUAGCAGGAAUGCAUCCAUCUGGUGUACCUGGAGCUGGUCCAGCAACCAUCCCAGGGGCUAAUGUGAACCACCCUCGACCCGCUACCUUCAAAUACACAGCCAACAUCCGUAACCCCCAUCAACCAGUGCCUGUAGGUCAGCCAACUGUCCAGCAGGUACCGCAGCAAGCUGUACACAUUCAAGGACAGGAACCACUGACUGCUUCUAUGUUGGCAGAGGCUAACCCUCAGGAACAGAAACAGAUGCUAGGAGAACGUCUUUUCCCACUUAUUCAUCGUAUGUACCCAGAAUUGGCUGGCAAGAUCACUGGCAUGCUGCUUGAGAUUGACAACACUGAAUUACUGCACAUGUUGGAACACCAUGAAUCUCUGAAAGCUAAAGUGGAAGAAGCUGUGGCUGUUCUAAAGGCUCAUCAGGCCAAAGAAGCCUUGGCUGCAGUAGCUGUAGUUGGAGUUAAGAAGGAAUAGAUGGAACAGCAAUGUUUAAAAGACAAUGUAGCAGAACUUAGUGUAUGAAAACCAACUGUUCAUUUAUUCGAAUCCAUCGAGUUGUACUUCUGAAUGACUUAUGGAACUGGCAAUGUUUCUUGUGUGAAGGUGGUUCAUGCUGCAUUGUUUUGUAAACUUGGACCGAUCCUUGUACUCUUCUCAGCUUUCAGCACUUUGCUUUAUAAUGAUUAGUAUGUAGUUGUGGGGAGUACUUACCUGGCUUUUGUUAUAUCACUGAAAAAAAAAUUAAUGAU